CCCGCCCGUGGAGGCGCCUGCGCGGUGGCGUGCUGGCACUUCCGGCUUCUCCCCGUCCCGGCAACAGGCCGGUGGAGUCUGUCCCCCGUCCCGUUGUGUCCCUGCGCUCCGGCAGGAGCUCGGCUUCUCCCUCGGCUGCUGUCGGGCAGCCCCCGCUGGCCCCGCCGUGCCUCAGGGUCGGGGCAAGGCCCGAGCCCUGCGCGGCCGCCAUGCCGGCCGCCGCCGCCCCCAUGAUCAGCUCAGUGCAGAAGCUGGUGCUGUAUGAGACCAGGGCUCGUUAUUUUCUUGUUGGAAGUAAUCCCGCGGAGACCAAAUACCGUGUUUUGAAAAUAGAUCGCACUGAACCAAAGGAUUUGGUUGUAAUUGAUGACAAGCAUGUGUAUACACAGCAAGAGGUGAGGGAACUUCUUGGCCGUUUAGACCUGGGAAACAGAACAAAGAUUGGGCAGAAGGGCUCUUCUGGGUUAUCUCGAGCUGUCUCUGCUUUUGGUGUAGUAGGUUUUGUCAGGUUUUUAGAAGGCUACUACAUUGUGUUAAUAACAAAAAGAAGAAAAAUGGCAGAUAUUGGAGGUCAUGCAAUAUAUAAAAUAGAAGAUACAAAUAUGAUUUACAUUCCAAAUGACUCUGUGAGAGUCACUCAUCCUGAUGAAGCCAGGUAUCUGAGAAUCUUUCAAAAUGUGGACCUUUCUAGCAAUUUCUAUUUUAGUUACAGCUAUGAUCUAUCUCACUCCCUUCAGUAUAAUCUUACUGUCCUGAGAAUGCCACUUGAGACACUAAAAACUGAAACAACUCAGACACGACAAGAGAGUUUUGAUAUAUUUGAAGAUGAAGGACUUUCAUCGCAGGGUGGAAGUGGUGUAUUUGGGAUUUGCAGUAAACCUUAUGAAAAGUAUGUGUGGAAUGGCAGACUUCUGGAGCCAGUAAAAAAUACUGUUCAUCGUGACUGGCUGCUGUAUAUUAUUCAUGGAUUCUGUGGGCAAUCAAAACUGUUAAUAUAUGGUCGCCCUGUAUAUGUCACUCUGAUAGCCAGAAGAUCAAGCAAAUUUGCUGGAACACGUUUUCUGAAACGAGGAGCAAACUGCGAGGGAGAUGUUGCUAAUGAAGUGGAAACUGAACAAAUACUUUAUGAUGCUUCAGUUAUGUCAUUUUCUGCAGGAAGUUAUUCUUCCUACGUUCAGGUUCGAGGAUCUGUCCCUCUGUACUGGUCUCAGGAUAUUUCAACUAUGAUGCCUAAGCCACCCAUAACGUUGGACCAAGCAGAUCCUUUUGCACAUGUUGCUGCUCUUCACUUUGACCAAAUGCUCCAGAGAUUUGGCUCUCCCAUUAUUAUUUUGAAUCUCGUGAAGGAACGUGAAAAAAGAAAGCAUGAAAGGAUUCUUAGUGAAGAACUUGUUGCUGCUGUGACAUAUCUCAACCAGUUUUUACCUCCAGAGCAUGCAAUUAUAUAUAUACCCUGGGAUAUGGCCAAAUACACAAAAAGCAAACUUUGCAACGUCCUUGAUAGACUGAAUGUGAUUGCAGAAAGUGUAGUAAAGAAAACUGGAUUUUUUGUAAAUCGACCUGACUCCUACUGCAGUAUCUUGCGACCAGAUGAAAAGUGGAAUGAACUGGGAGGUUGUGUUGUUUCCACUGGACGGUUGCAGACCGGAGUUCUCCGAACCAAUUGUGUGGACUGUUUGGAUCGCACUAACACAGCCCAGUUUAUGGUGGGAAAAUGUGCUUUGGCAUACCAGCUCUAUUCAUUGGGAUUGAUUGAUAAACCCAAUUUACAAUUUGAUACGGAUGCUGUUAGAUUAUUUGAAGAAUUGUAUGAGGAUCACGGAGACACCCUUUCUCUGCAAUAUGGAGGUUCCCAGCUUGUGCACAGAGUAAAAACAUAUAGAAAGAUAGCUCCAUGGACUCAGCAUUCCAAAGAUAUUAUGCAAACACUCUCAAGAUACUAUAGUAACGCUUUCUCAGAUGCAGACAGGCAAGAUUCUAUCAAUCUCUUUCUGGGAGUAUUCAAGCCUACAGAAGGAAAACCUCAUCUCUGGGAACUUCCCACUGAUUUUUAUUUGCAUCACAAGAACACCCUCAGUCUGUCACAGACCAGGCGAAGCUAUACUUACUGGUGGACCACAGGUGUGCUAAAGCAUUUACCUCUUCCUUUUGAUGAAGUGACAUGUGCUGAAAACAGACGCAAGUUGACAGUGAAGAAAUUCCACAAGUAUGAAGAGGAAAUUGAUAUCCACAAUGAGUUUUUUCGGCCAUAUGAGUUGAGCAGUUUUGAUGAGACCUUCUGCUUGGCAAUGACCAAUUCUACACGAGAUUUUAUGCCUAAGAAUGUGGGGAUUGAUCCAAGUCCAUUUACUGUUCGUAAACCUGAUGAAACUGGAAAAUCGGUGUUGGGGAACAAAAGUAAUAGAGAAGAAACUGUGCUGCAGCGCAAAACAGCUGCUAGUGCCCCUCCACCCCCAAGUGAGGAAGCAGUGUCAAGUAGUUCUGAAGAUGAUUCUGGGACAGACAAAGAAGAUGAAGGUCCUGUUUCUCAACGUUCAACUCCAGUGAAAGUGACUGAUACAGGAGAUAAUACUAAAAUCACAGAGAAUGUAGUGCAAUCAACAAAAGAUGUGUAUGGAGUCAAUCUUUCAGAUGUUCCUUCAGAAGAUGAUCUCACAAUAUACACUAGGUUUGUUCAGCUGGGACAGAGUCAGCAUAAACAAGACAAGAGCGGCCAGCAGUUUUGCUCAAAACACCACUUGGAUAGGGUUAUAAAUUUUCACACAUCUCAAGAAGAAUACUACUGGGAAGAGUCUGAGGAAAAUCAAUGGUAUGAUCAGAGUUGUAGGACUCUCCAGAAAAGACUGAAGGAAAUAAGUAAGUCCAUGUUGUGAUGGUUUCUAAAAUGCUCUACUGAAGUUUGAUAGGUGACAUGGUUUGGGAUUACGGUUUAAGUCACAGUAUGACUGGAUUUGAUGGGAGAAGGCAAUUCCGACAGCUUGUUGCCACCAAAAGGGGGAGGUCCUGCUCUUUCCCCGCUUCGUUAUCACACACUUUUUCACUGACUUGUGCAAGCUUUGCUACUUGUUACAGCGCUCCAUAAAUCAGUCCAGCUCAUCAGUCUGCAGCAGGCAAAUACAACCAGAAAAAAAGGCAAAUAGUUUUCUGGUAGAUUAAUGAGAUUAUUUAGACUGGUGAAGGUCUCGGUUAUCACCAGAGCUAGGGCAGAAGAGGCAGAGCCACAGGGUCAAACGCAGCAGAACUUUGUUACCUGGCUGGUGGCGAUUUGUUAGAUUGGCUCAGUCAUCUUGCAGAGCACCCUUAGGACAGGUGGGGGAGCAGAGCAUGAGCUUUUCAGAGGGAUCUUGGGAAGGUGAUUUGGACUCUUUGUGAUUCAGAUCCCCGUGUUUGUAGGAAGAGUUAUCUUUUUCGCAUUCAUCUGUUCUGUCAAUAUUGAGGUCUAAGCUUUUCAGAUGAGAAAGCUCACGUGCCGAGCAUUUUUAGUACACUUGUCAACUGAGAUGCUCAAUACUAUUUUAACAAUUAAACUGUGAGCAUUUACCUGCCUCACACUGCUUUAGAUCAUAAUUUUCAUUUAUUGAUGUCUAUUUCAAAUUUUAAAAAUUACAUUUUUAAUACCUGGAUGUUCCCACUUGAUCUCUGGGUCCUCUGUAUUUCCACCCUAUCUACACUGAAUCCUGAAUAAAAAUCUACAUGGCAAAUCUCAUACCAUCCAUUGAUGUAAAAGAAGCCUGCAACAGUGACAGAAUGAUAUGUGAAUUGUGAUGAAAUUUAGUCGUUGUUUUUCAAAAUCCAAGGACUUUUUUUUUAACCUGAAAAAUUACCUUGAGCUGUAAAACAAUAUUUCAGUACAAUUCUGAUUUGACAAGGCACUUGUUACUGCAACACACAUAAAAAUUUAGUUUGUCUGUAUCUGCUGUCCACCUGGUUUAGUAUUUCUGUAGAUCCUGUAUUAAAAGGAUAAUGCAGUAGUCUCCCAAGACUAGAAAAAAAUAUUUUUAUAACUGAACUUAGAUUAUUUUUUUAAUGUGUCAAAACUAUGUUCUCUUUUGUUAUUAGAUUUGCGUUUUUCCAAAUUUUAAAUAAAUAACUAUUGUGUCUUUUAGUACUGUGAUCACAGUUAAAAUGCUUCAGAAUUUCUGUGGCUUGAAGCUUUUAUUUUGUUUUGGGGUUAGUGGUUGGAGUUACUCACUUUUGCCUGUGAAGUCUCAUUUUGAUCCUAAUGUCAGCAGUGCUGAAAUCAUAUCCUCUAAAAAUGUGACUGUAACAAAUCCCUGUGAAAUAUGACAGUAAAUUUAGUUAUUUCUACAUUGCAUACUACCGUUUUCUUGAAUCUGGGAUUUUGUAGUACUAACAAUCUCUAGCAAAAACCAGCAAGUACUAAACUAUGUGCCACCUUAGCUCAUCUACUCUUAGACUUUGUGAUGAAAAUUCUCAGAAACCUUUCUUCAACCUGUCCCGUCUUGUCUGUGAAGUGAUAGAUUUCUAUUAAUCAGUUUAAGAAAACUGUCUUCCUCAAGUAAUUCUAUUUGAAAAAGGUAAGUCUAAGCUUUUCCUUUCCAAAAAGCAACACAAUAUUCCUAUUUUUUUUUUUCUUUUGUGUGUGUGUCUGAGUGUUCUUUUGAUACUUGUUUUGUCCGGUACUACCAGUAGGUUCCUUUGUGUGUUCAGUCUUUAAAUUUUGAAUUAGUUUGUGGUCAGCAUAAAGCACCUCUGCUUAAAAGAUUCAUCCUUCCUCAGGGAUCACCUUUCUGUAUCAGAUGUUCUGUCCUUCUCUCAUAUUCCUUCUCUCUGCACUGUAGAGAAGCUGCUUCUAAUUUGGAUUGUAAAAUGCUCAUUUAGAUGUAUACCUGUGUAAACAGAAUUGCCUUUCUCUAACCUUUGAAACUGUAUGUGCCGUUGGGAGUUUCAGGUGAUUGCUCUGGGCCCUGGCUGCAGUCCCAGCUUUGCUGUGAGUUGGUUCUGUGAGAUACAAGUUGCAGAAAUAUCGGACAGAGAAGGUUUCCUGGUUUCAGUCCUCUCCACUCACAAAGAACGUGACUGAAACUUCGUUGCAUGGAGGCGUUAGUGUCUAAGGAAGGAAGAGUCUGUUGAAGGCUCUUUCAAGAGCACGGCAAGGAAUUUAAAGGGAUGCUAUUUAUGGGGACAAAAAACAAACAAAACCCUACAACCCACAAAACAAAACCCCAAACGCAACCUCUGGAUUUGCCGGAGUUUUGUAGGUCAGAUGUAUUUGCAUAGGAUUCAAACAAGGCCACAAAGUACAUUUUGUCUCGUUCUUUAGAUGUAGUUCCGAGACCUGAGGAGAACUAAUCAAUGUUGGAACACGUGUAGUGGCUUUCUGGCUGCUGUGUUUCUGAGAGCUCAGCACAUCACCGUGCAUUCUUCCCUCAAAGUAUGGAACAUCUCCGUUGUCGCCGAAGAUUUUAGCUGUAUCUGCUUUUACUGUUGAGAGAAAGCCACUUGGUGAAACCAUAGCACCAUGAAGCCUGUUCACAAGUGGGAAGAAAUGAACGGAACUUUGCCUGUCAAGGCUGCUGUCCUUCAUGAUAUGGUGUUUACGUUCCUGUCUAUGUAAUUUUCAUCGUGAGGCCAUAGAACUACAGUUCGCCCAGGGAGAUCUGAUAGCCAAGUCAUAAAUAAUAUGCUCUUCUUCAUGGCUCUAUUGUAAAAUACUCAGUAGAUGAGAUUUUUACUUGAAUAGUGUUAGAGAAGUGACUUAAUUGAAUGACUGGUUAAUACAAGCACUCUACAAAUAGUUACAGCUUAGUACAAGGUUAUUAAUCAAAACUGGCAUGCACGAACAUGCAGUUCUUUCAAUAUAUUUUUACCAUGUUGAAGCAAGUAGGUGGAAAAUCAAGAUACAGUCACUAAAUACCCAAAAUGAAAUACACUUUACUGCCCAGCCUUCCAUUGUGCAUAAGGAAACGACUUUUGACUCGUUAGUGCUUCAGAAAUGUCAUAUCUUUACAAACAAAUCAAUAAAUAGAGAAGGCGUCGAAUUAGUCUUAUGGCUUUGUUUUGGUUUUUUGCUUAAUUACUGACUUGCUAGUGGAGUAGAUGAGAUGGCUACAUUUGACUUUAUUUGGUGUUAGUGACAUUGGUAAGUACAGUGUGCUAAAGGCAGAUACUUUGCUAGAGUCUCAGCUUGAAUGCUUACACUAGAUAAAUAAGUAUCUGCAGAAGCUGAGGGUGCUUUGAAAAGCCAUCUGCUUUUUGGGCACAUAGAUAGACUGCUGUCUGGUACCAGUUUUUAAAACACUCACCUUAAUGUGUUGUAAUAAACUAGAAGAAUAUGAUAGUGAUGAUGAGAAGAAACUAUCACUCUGUUGGGAAAAAAAAGUAGAAAGAAAAGGUUAAGUAUGAUGGAAUUUCCACAGUAUUAUUCAUACAGUUUACCAGCAAAAAAUAAAAUAAAAUGCUCAUUUGGUGAGAACAUAAUAGGAGAGGUUAAACUCUUCAGAAAAGUUUGAACUCUUCUGAAAUAGAAAUUUCAUCUUGUUUAAGAAAAGCAUAAAAAUGGCAAGGGUUUGGAAAUUUUACCCUGGUCAUACAGGCAGGUAACAUGCUUACAUCCUUAGCGUUUGCUUACAUUCCACUGUAGUGCCACAGAAUUCUAAGACUAAGAAACGUAAAGUGCAAUUGUAAUACAAUCUAAAAAGAGGAAAAGUAAAAACAUGAUCUGUGCAGUAAGGCUUCCCUUUUUUGCAAACAUUUUAGCUUUACUUUUUUCUCUAAUUCUAGAAUAGCUAUAUACAGAGUGUUUCAAAAAGAUGGACCCAAUUUGAAGUCAGUAUAUCUCACGAACCGCCCAUGAAUGAAACUCUCACCACUUGAAGGGGUGAGGUACAGAGUUUCAAAUUAUUGCUGCUAGAUGUAAAUUGUUGUGUAAUUCUAACAUGUUGCCAUUGUGAAAAAUACUGCCUUGAAACUGGGUCCAGCUUUUUGAAACACCCUGUAUUUCUAUUACACAACCUAGCAAGUUCCGUCUACAUCCUGCUAAAAUGUAACUUGGCUUUAAGUAUGUAGCUGAACUCUGUGGGUGACCAUAGAUUUUAUUGUCUCAAGUUCAACAGCACACCUGUAUUUUAUUAAAAGCAUAAGUAAUUGUAUCAUUACUGUCGAAGUAUAAGCAACUGAAUAUAUUGCUAUGUAAAAUGGAAAAAUACAAAUUUAAAUAUGAAAUUGAAAAAUGAGAAUUUAACAUGCCAACAUUUUUAUUUUAUAUGAUAUAUUCCCAUUUUGGUGGAAUCUUUGGCAUACUAUGUUACAUGACACACUGCAGUUGUUUUAUAAGACUAACAAGCCAUCACAUGAUGAGACAUCCAAAAUCUGGCAUACUUAAAUAAAAUAAAAGGUUAUAAAAUAAGAGAGCAAGUUUUUUGCCAGUUUUAAUAGAGAACCUGGUUUAUAAACUGUCAAACAUUGGUUGAUGCUAAUAAUAAAACUAGAGGGCUGUUACUGCAUCUCAUUUAUAGAAGGGCUCUGCCACCAUUUGAGUGUUCCAGUUCUUCAAAGGCAUGAUGCCUUGUGUUUUCCCUUUAAAAGAGGAUAUAAUAAACACAAAAAUAACUUCUUGUCCCUUGAAGAGCACCCAGAUAGUGACUCAUGACUGUGGCUUCUGUGGAAUAUGACAAUGAUGCUAAUAUCUAUGAAUUUUCAUUGCACUUGAGCUGAUCGAUGUUCACUUUUGGAAACAGUGAGCUUUGACGGGAAGUUGCUGCUGUCAUUUCUUACCUGAGAAGCUGAGCUCAAAAAUAUGUGCAUAUACUAAUAGAAUAUUCAACAAUUGCAUUCUAACUGUUUUUCAGGCACUGGCACUGGCUACUCUUGCAAUAUGCUAUUAUGUAAAGUAGUUUGAAAAGUUUUCUUCAGUAGCUAAAAUAGUAGGUGAUAAAUGAAAAGCUAGUUUAAAAACAGUCUCGGGUAUUAAACACAGUUUUUGUUCACUGCAUUAUCAGAGAGGAUGGAGUAGACCUUGGAACUCUGCAUAAAUGGCAAGGUGACGAGGUUGAUCAGAAAAUAACUAGUUUGUGUGGAGAGAUGAAAUACUCUUGGUUGUAUGAUACUGAUGUGGAGGAGUCAAACAGAGCAUGGCAGUCCACCAUUUUUCCCAAUGCAAGAGUUAUGACCAACCAAGGCCCAGAGUAGAAUAAGAAAUUACAGGAAUGUCACAUCGUAUGCAAGUCACGGAAAUUAUUGCCACAAGAUCCUGUGUCAAAUGCUAGAAAAAAAAAAACAGUGAAAACCUAUGGAAAUGACUUUUCAUGAAACAAUAGUCCGGUUUCAGAUUUUGCCUGAGGUCGAUCCUAAGUCCUGGUUGCUCAAAUGCAGGAGGAUAUACUGGAAAAGGGGUUGUUAAGUACCUGUUCUGUUUUAAUAACCUGUCUGCAAAAAUUGCUGCUAGCUCCCCCAUGUGACAGGCUAAUUGGGUCCAUGGAAUUUGGGUUCAGGCUAGAAGGAAAGAUCCAAUUUAGAGAAGUGUUCAGUGUAUGUGGUGGUAGGAAAGUGAGUCUCUGAAAUUGAAAUGUUUGUGUUGUACUGAAUACUUGGGCAGCAUUGUUUAUUAUAUAGAGUAUUUAUAAAGCAGUAGUAUUUUAGUAGCUAGCUAGAAAGUAAAUUACCUUUUCCAGCUGAAAUAGGAGGUAAACACGUAUGACACUGAUGAUUUAGAGAAUUAUUUAAAACAUGUAUGUAAUUUUUUUCAUAACCAAGAAAUAAUUUAUUUCUCCAGUUUAGCAUUUAUAGGUGCAUUGCAUAGAAUCACACAGAAUCACAGAAUCGACUGGGUUGGAAAAGACCUCAGAGAUCAUCGAGUCCAACCCUUGGUCCAACUCUAGUCCAUUUACUAGAUCAUGGCACUAAGUGCCAUGUCCAAUUUCAGUUUAAAAACCUCCAGGGACGGCGAGUCCACUACCUCCCUGGGCAGGCCAUUCCAAUGCCUGACCACUCUCUCUGUAAAGAAUUUCUUUCUAAUAUCCAGCCUAAAUUUCCCCUGGUAGAGUUUAAGCCCAUGCCCCCUUGUCCUGUUGCUAACUGCCUGGGAGAAGAGACCAAUCCCCACCUGGCUAUAACUUCCCUUCAGGUAGUUAUAGAGAGUGAUGAGGUCACCUCUAAGCCUCCACUUCUCCAGACUAAACAACCCCAGCUCCCUCAGCCUCUCCUCAUAGGUCUUAUGUUCAAGUCCCUUCACCAGUCGUGUUGCAUCCACUGUUGUACAUAAUCAUAGUUCUGUCAGAUCAUUUUUCCAGCUCUCUCAUCAUCUCGGUGAUGUUUACUGGCCUCAUCCAAGUAUUUAAUUGUCUGUCUUGUAUGGCAGAGCCCAAGAGUGGGCAAGGUUCUCCAAAUGUGGUUGUUCAAGCCCUGAAUCACAGAAUCACAUGGAGGGAAUUGAUCAUUUUGCUUGAGCUGCUGGCUACGCAGUUUCAAAGAGUUGCAGUUAAAAUUACCUUACGAGUGAGUCUGAUUUACAAUAGUUCUUAGAAAAGGUCUCACAUACUCAGGUUCGUCUAAACAUUAAACUACAUGUUUUUCUCAUAAGUAGAUAUGAAUAUUAGGAUUUAAAGAGAGCAUUUAUGGUACAAAGAUAUUUAGAAAACAUUCUCAUAAAAUAAAAGCUGGUAAUAAGUUGUCUGUUUCCUGAUAAUUAGAUGGAAAAUUCUUAUCUGAGAAAUCCUUCUUGUAUGUUGGUUCAGAGUACAGGGUGUUUCAAGAAGUUGGACCUGUAUAUUAGAAUUACACAAAAAUUUACAAACAGUUUAAUGAGUUAUCAGUUUUACUAACUUUUUAAUAAAUGUUUUAUAUUCCCUCCACCUGCUGUAUGGACAACAUCAAGACAAUAGUUGAUAGUUUGUAGUUGCAAAGAUACAGUGAUGUCAAAUUGGGUCCAUCUUUUUGAAACACACUGUAUAAUUACUUGCUUGUUAUAAUUGCUACUAAGUUAAUAGCUCACUAGCGUUUUUCUUUUAUCUGCUAUAAUGCACGGCACAGAUCUGUCUCAGCUUGGGUACUUAGUCACUGUAGCAGAUCAGAGGAAGGAUAAAGAAAUGAGGACAGAGUUGGAGGGAUGUGAGACAGUAUUCAGUGAUUAGUGACAACUUACCUAAUUACCCUACUUGGAGAGCUGGGUCUUAUGAGGUCUGCAGUAGUGAUAAAAAUCUAGGUAAAUGAAUUCUCUAGUGGAAAGUAACCUUUUCAUUGGCCCUCAUAUAUAUUUCAAGAUAAAGAAAUACUCUUCUUUCUCUGUGGAAAAAUUUUACCUAAAGUUCCAAAUAUUCUGCAUGUUUAUUUGUUUGUUUGUUUGUU